AUGGUUCAAGGUGGUUUGGUAGCUGAUGUAUCUAGUUACACCAUCUUGAUGAACGGAUUUUGUAGGACUAAAAUGGUGGAUACAGGUAUAGAUCUUUUUCAAGAAAUGCGUCAGAAAAACUUGGUUCCUAAUGCAAGAACUUACAACUCUUUUAUUUAUGGCUUGUUCAAAUUAGGGAGAAUGUCAGCUGUGCAAGAUCUUGUUUACGAGAUGCAUGAAAGUGGUCAUGCUCCUAAUAGAGUCACAUAUACCAUUUUGUUAGACGCAUCUUGCAAAUAUGGAAAUCUUGAGCAAGGGAUUGCGUUAUUUAGGCUAAUGGUCGCCCAGAGAAUUCAACCUAAUUUGUGCACAUACAAUAUACUUAUUGAUGGUUUAUGUAAAGGCAGUAAACUAAAUGAUGCUCGAGAGAUUUUUCAAUACCUUCUGAUCAACGGAUAUCAGCUAGAUGGCUAUUCAUAUAUCAUUAUGAUCAAUGGGCUUUGCAAAAAAGCAUCUUGUUGGAACAGCGGCAUUUGCUUGUACAACUGUUGUCUGAGAUGCAUUAUUGGAAAUGAUAGUGUCAUGAACUUUGAUUUUCAAUUGGAUAAUCUUGAUCUUACAAAUUCAGUUAAAGUGUCCAGAAACAUUGUAGUUGAAGCGUUUGACUUUAUGGUUUUGCCCAUGAAGAUCUUUGAGGCCCAUUGA